UAUUCGAUGGACUGCUACCUCCGGCAAGAGUGGCAUGACGAACGCCUAACUUUCAAAGGACCACUCCCUGUGUUAACACUCAACAUCAAAAUGCUGGAGGCGCUCUGGAAGCCGGACACUUUCUUCCACAACGGCCUCGGCUCCUACAUCCACAUGAUCACCAGACCUAACAAACUCUUCAGGAUCACGCAGGAUGGCAGGAUUCUCUACUCCAUGAGGAUAACGCAGGAUGGCAGGAUUCUCUACUCCAUGAGGCUGACCAUCAAGGCGAAGUGUCCUAUGGAGCUCCGCAACUUCCCGAUGGACAAACAGUCGUGUCCUCUCAUCAUCAGCAGCUACGCAUACCCUGAGCGGGAGGUGCGCUACGAGUGGGACAACAAACUGGUGACGUUCGAGGCAGGCAUGACGCUCAGUCAGUUCGACUUGCUUAACACCAAGUGCACCAACUACUCCGCGGGAUGGCGCACUGAUAGUGCAAAUUAUUCGAUUCUUCAAGUUAAUUUCAACCUGCAGCGUCACACGGGAUAUUUCCUCAUACAGGUGUACGUGCCAUGUUUUUUAAUCGUGGUGUUGUCGUGGGUGUCUUUCUGGUUAAACCGUGAAGCAACCAGCGAUCGAGUGGGACUGGGCAUAACGACAGUUUUGACGUUAUCAACCAUCAGCCUGGACAGCCGCACCGACCUACCGAAAGUUCACUACGCCACGGCGCUGGACUGGUUCAUUCUCAUGUCAUUCGCCUACUGCAUGGCUACCCUCUUGCAGUGCGCUGGAGUACAUUACUUCACCAAGGUGGGAUCAGGAGAAGCGCUUCCGGACGGCGAAUGGCAGGACAUAGAAGACACUGAAGAAGAUAUUCCAGCCAGCACGAUUCGCAGGAUGCUAACCCGACCUCGAACAAUCAACUCGUUCGGCAUGGAUGAAUGCGGCUCUAGCGUGAUCGGUCUAAGCAGCGUGUUGCUGGUAGACGAUGGACCAGCGAUCUCACAAUACCGAGGGGUAAGACAACCAGCACCACCAAACCUGUCGGUCUCAACCGAAACCUGUCUCUCAACGGCUCAUCGGGAGUCUGCUGUCAGAGGAUACCACGUCAUAAACAAUAUCCAGCCGGAGUUUACCCAAGGAAAUCAGCAGGAGGUUUGCUGCGACGAUGUGCAAGCUGAAGUGACAUCACAUGGAUACCAAGAUAACACUCGAGUAUACACCAGUGGCGAGAUGGACAGAAACUUUUUCAAUACAGAGACAAAUCCUCCAGUUAAAUGCCAAUCGUGUGAAUCUCAAUACAGUUCACAAAACAUCCUUCUUGACUCCAAUAACCGGCUUGAUUCGUACUCAGUCCCGACUCAGUCAAGUGCACAUCUCGACACCGUGUGUGAGGUUAAGAACUGCGCGUAUGGACAGACAAGUUUCAUAGGGCAAGUAAGCCUUAAUAAAGGAGACGCUCCUAUGCAUGAGCAGAGCAACGGUGAAACAAUGGACCUCCAAUCGAAAAAUUUCAAGCCCUUGCAACAGCAAGGGAAAUUUGCUUCGUUUUACGCUUCAAUGGGAUCGAGCAAUAUCACAGCGCUGAGUGAAACUUCAAUUCAAAACCAAAGAAACGCGGAGACGCAAACGUCCAAGAAAGAAGGUUUCUGGUUCCAGCUCACUCGCUGCGUUGUCGGCUCCGAGAGCUACAGACGAGCGCGAGAGCGCGAGGCGACCGUCUCCGGCUCAGUCAACUCGGUCUCGAGGAUCGACGAGCUGUCGAGGAUUCUAUUCCCCGUGUCGUACGGUCUGCUGAAUCUUUGGUACUGGUACUCGUACUAUGACGCUGAGUUGAUCAACAGCUAGGAUGGACAUGUGGCAAUGGUACUCGUACUAUGACGCUGAGUUGAUCAACAGCUAGGAUGGACAUGUGGCAAUGGUACUCGUACUAUGAUGCUGAGUUGAUCAACAGCUAGGAGGGACAUGUGGCAAUGGUACUCGUACUAUGAUGCUGAGUUGAUCAACAGCUAGGAUGGACAUGUGGCAAUGGUACUCGUACUAUGAUGCUGAGCUGAUCAACAGCUAGGAUGGACAUGUGGCAAUGGUACUCAUACUUCGAUGCCGAGUUGAUCAACAGCAAGACAAAGCCUGAAUUUUAUCUAAGACAUCAACUCCAUUCGGAUUUGAUGAAUAAU